AUGUCCAGGUACAACGUCAACGAGGAGUACGACCUGGAGAAUCGCAGGGAGGUCACGCUGACCGGUUUCAGCAGCAACGUGCUCGACGACGUGCUGCGGAGCAGCAACAACAACGAACCAGCGUUGAACGGCAAUUCGGCCGGCGUAAUCGUCGGCGCGCACGCCAUCACCAAAGACGCGAAGGUCGUUAACCUCGAGGUGCCAGAAAACACCAGUAAGAAUAUCUUGUGUUCAUCCGGAAGAAGCUGGCUCUAUCGGCGAAUCAAGAGCUCCUUCAGGAGGAAGCUGCUGUUCAAGAGGAUACCGAUUCUGGCGUGGUUGCCGCAUUAUCAGAAGGAGUACGUGGUGAGCGAUCUCGUGGCCGGUAUCACCGUGGGACUCACCGUCAUACCGCAGGCCAUAGCGUAUGCUAACGUCGCGGGAAUACCGUUACAAUAUGGGCUCUACUCGUCUUUCAUGGCGUGUUUCGUGUACACGAUUUUCGGCUCCUGCAAGGAUGUACCCGUAGGUCCGACCGCAAUCGCCGCGAUCAUGACGAGGGAGACUCUACAGAGAGCGAAUUUAGGACCCGAUUUCGCAGUUUUGUUGACCUUCAUCUCAGGCUGUGUUUCUUUGCUGAUGGGCAUCUUGCAAUUAGGAUUCCUGUUGGACUUCAUAUCGGGGCCGGUGUCCGUAGGUUUCACGUCAGCGGCGGCGAUCAUCAUCGCCACCAGCCAGGUGAAAGAUAUUCUCGGGCUCCAUGUAUCCAGCAGCAAAUUCGUGCAGGUCUGGCAUGAUAUAUUCGAGCGGAUUGGCGAGACACGACUCUGGGACGCCGCUCUGGGAAUCGUCUGCAUAAUUGUCCUCUUGCUUCUACGGAAAGUGAAGGACCUCCCGGUGAUACCAAAAAAUACCAAAGUGCCGUCGCAACUUCAGCAAGCCAUCGCGAAAUUGCUCUGGCUGAUCUCCACCGCCAGGAACAUCAUCAUAGUAAUCAUCUGUGCGAUAAUAGCUUGGGCCCUCGAGAUUCACCUGGGGGAGUCACCCGUCAUUCUAACGGGUCACGUGAAGCAAGGACUGCCGGAGUUCCGUCUGCCGCCUUUCGAGGCUCAUGUCGGGAACGAGACCUACACUUUCCUCGAUAUGCUCUCGUCUAUGGGCUCCGGCUGUGUAGUUAUUCCCAUGCUGAGCCUACUGGAGAGCAUCUCCAUCGCCAAAGUAUUUUCUGAUGGCAAGUCGAUCGACGCGACUCAAGAGAUGCUGGCAUUGGGUGCAUGCAACGUGCUGUCGUCCUUUGUAUCGUCGAUGCCGGUGAGCGGCGGUCUCAGUCGAGGUGCCGUCAAUCACUCGUCCGGAGUGAAGACGACGCUCGGUGGGGUCUACACUGGUCUCCUGGUACUUAUUUCGUUGCAGUUUCUCACUCCUUAUCUAUACUACAUUCCCAAGGCCUCCCUGGCGGCCGUCAUCAUUGCCGCAGUCGUUUUCAUGGUGGAGCUCCACGUGGUGAAGCCUAUGUGGCGAACCAAGAAAAUUGAUCUCAUACCGGCUGUUGUCACUUUCCUAUGUUGCCUCUUCGUGCGGCUUGAGUUGGGUAUAGUGAUCGGCAUUGGUAUAAAUCUCCUGUUCCUACUUUAUGCCUCGGCCAGGCCGACGUUACGAGUUCAUAAAGCUACGAGCAUCAGCGGCUGUGAGUAUCUUGUCAUAACGCCGGAUCGAAGUCUGGUGUUCCCGAGCGUUGAAUACGUACGAGCCGUCAUCAGCAAGCAAGGGAUGCGAGAAGGCACCGCAGUGCCCGUUGUGAUAGACUCCACGCAUAUCCAGGCGGCCGAUUUCACAGCCGCAAAGGGUAUCAAGACUUUGAUAGAGGAUUUCGCGAGACGCGGCCAGCCAUUAAUCUUUCACAACUUGAAGCCGAGCGUUAUCCAGAUUUUCAAAGGCGUGAAACCGUCAAGCCUCACGUGCAGUUCCAGCGAACUUGAACUCAACGACUGCCUUAAAGAAUACACGAAUGUAUCAAUCGAGACUCUGAAUCGAUACUGAACGCGUUUAAGCUUGGAUGACGAUGCGGACUCUCCUUCCUUAACGAGCAUCAGUAUUAUAGUGAAAACACCGUCGCCUUCGUUUCACAGACAGUAUUACUGCAAGUAGAGUGCUACUUUCGUUCAUCAACCGCGACGAUAUAUAGAUGAUUAGAAAGGAACUUUGUAUAUAUAUGUACGUAUUUAUGAACGCGAGCCAGUAUGAAAAUGAUGCUGUACCUUAUGUACUCUCAUUAUGUACACUACGUAAUAUUUUUGUAUUUACGAGAGACGGGAGUUUGACGUAUGCACACUCCGAAUUUACUCGAUCGAGUUAUGUACAUAGAUAGGAACGCGUAUACAAUCCCGUGUUAGACACGCGAAUCGUGAUGGACUCGUUAUGCUCAUUACGUCCAUUGUGAAUAUAUCAGGAUUCCGCUCUCUCGCGCCACGAAAAGAAAGCGUUCUCGCGAGGAAAGAUUAACGAGGCGGGGCGCGAGCGCACCAUAUAUCCUGCGAAAUAAUUCCUGUAUUUCAGAUUGUCUCUUUUUAACGUGUUACAUCGUAAAAUAUGUGCGCAACCCGGCGCGUAUGUGCCUCGGCAGACUUUCAUCCGUAUGCGUUGCGUGCAAAUAUAUGUGCGCGCGCAGUUGAAGAUAGAACAGAAUAGAAAGAAAAGUUCUUCGUUGAUCACGCUCCAGGAUAACGUGCCAUC